AUGCGGCGCAAUCGAGCGCGGACACCCCCCGGGUCUACCGACAGUAAUGGCAAGCCCGAGGCGGAUUAUGACAUACUCAGUGAUCCAUGGACCGAUGAACAAGAGACCGCGCUUUUGAAAGCGAUCAUUAAAUGGAAGCCCGUGGGCGUGCACAAACAUUUUCGCAUGCUCGCGAUAGCUGAUUUUAUGAGGAGUCAUGGGUAUGGUUCUGCCACAGCAGACCAUUUGAGUAUCCCGGGAAUUUGGAAGAAGCUUGGCACAUUGUACAACCUUGAAGCUCUUGAUGAACGGGAGGAUUCGGUGAUUACGGAUAUGAAUGAAGAUGAGGAUGGUGUCAGCGAACGUUACUGUCCAUUCGAACUUCCCUACGAUGAAUACGGUGACAUGAUGUUCGAGAGGCGGCUUGCCACAGAAGGUUCCUCGUCCCCGGUGAUGAGUCGCCAGGCCGAUUCCCGCCGAGGAAGCACGGUGGCCGACACAGAUGAAGCUCGAUCCUCUCCCGCUCCAUCUCGAGGUCGCAAAUCGACUCGCGGUACUCGCCAAACUGGCCGAGAAACUCGGUCAACAAGAUUACAGGUGGAGAUUGGUACUGGGAGUCAGGGAAAGGUGUCUGAUGUGGAUGAAGAGUCUGAUGAAGAUACCGGCGGCAAUGAUGAAGACGAGGAGGACGAAGAAGAUUCCGAUGGAAAAGAUAGUGAGGGCGAAGAUGAGGCUGAGGAUGGGAAGGGAGGGUCACGCAGUACAAGGGCUCAGACUUCUCGAUCCAAGCAAAAAGACAAAAAGUCUUCAGCAGGUACCUCGACUCGCCGUACUGGUCGCCGGCGUUGA